UGUGCGCUUUACAAGACAGAAAAAGCAAGGACACUCCCUCAUACAAAGCCCCUAUGAUCUAAGGAAGACUGACACAUACAAAGAAAGCAGGAGAUAGCUCAAAGGUGCUACAGGGAUCCUCUCCCAAAUGAUGCUAUGCCAAACAUGAACACACUUCCAUCCUAGACUUUGAAAUCAAGAAAGACGACAUCUCUCAGAAGGUGUAAUGGAGAUCCACGGAUUCUACUAUUGUCUAAGCUAGCGCCCCAGGCUGAAUGAAUGGCUGGAGGAAAUUGUACGGCAGUGACCGAGUUCAUUCUCACAGAUCGUCCGGAGCUGCAGGUCCCCCUCUUUGUGGUGUUCCUAGUGAUCUAUGUUAUCACCCUGGUGUGGAAUCUGGGGAUGAUGGUUUUAAUCAGGAUCGACCCCCGUCUUCACACCCCCAUGUACUUCUUUCUCAAGAAUUUGUCUCUCGUGGAUGCCUGUUACUCCACAGUCAUCACUCCCAAGAUGCUGAUGAGCUUCUUAGCAGAGAGGAAAGCUAUUUCCUAUACAGCGUGCAUCAUCCAAUAUUUUAGCUUCAUAUUGUUGGUCAUCUCUGAGUGCCUACUGCUGGCAGUAAUGGCAUAUGACCGUUAUGUAGCCAUCUGUAACCCACUGCUGUAUAUGGUCAUCAUGUCACCAAAGCACUGCCUGCAGCUAGUGGCUGGUUCAUAUCUAUGGGCCUUCCUGAACUCCGUGAUACACACGAGCGGUUUGUUAAGAUUAUCCUAUUGUGACUCCAAUAUCCUGAAUCAUUUUUUCUGUGAUAUCAACCCACUUCUAAAGCUCUCCUCUUCUGGCACCUCUAUCAAUCAGCUGCUUGUUUUCCUCUUUGGCAGUCUGAUUGAGGUGAUCAGCAUUGUGACCAUUCUCAUCUCAUACAUCUUAAUUAUUGUGACUGUGCUGCGGAUCCGCUCCACCGAGGGCAGGCGCAAAGCCUUCUACACCUGCACCUCCCACCUGACAGCCGUAUCCAUGUUCCACGGGACAAUUCUCUUCAUGUAUUUCCGACCCAGCACCAGCUACUCAUUGGACACAGACAAAAUGGCCUCCGUGUUCUACACUGUGGUGAUCCCCAUGCUGAACCCCCUCAUCUACAGCUUGAGGAACAAGGAUGUGAAGGAUGCCCUGAGGAGAGCAAUAGAGACAAAAUUGAGGGCCCAUUUUUCCCCAAAGGGUGUCAGAAUAGGACAACCAAAUCCUUCAAUGGCUUCUCUGCACACAUAGGACUUGUCUCCACUACGGGGUAGAUCAAUGCUGUGGUGAUAAA